AUGGCAUAUCACACAUUGGCACACUACACAUUGGCACACUACACAUUGGCACAUCACAUGGCAAAGUUUUCUUCUUCACACCACCAGCAAGCCGGUGAAUGCAAUAAAAAAAAAAGGAUUCAAACCGAAUCAACUGACACCUCCCUGGUCAGAGAAACAGCGAGAGUAGACAAAACUGCAAGCAGUGAGAGUAAAUCAAAAAUUGUGCCGUACUUACCUUCUGCGCACUGGGGGGUUAGCGCAAGUUGUCCCAGUGCGCCCAACCCUACCGCUGACUUCUUGAUCUCAGCGCCUUGCAGGCCGGCAUUGUCAGGCACUAGGUGGCACCAUCGAAAUCGAAACCAUCUGCUCAUAUACCCGCUGCAUGAAGGAAAGAGCCUUUCACGGCGAGACACACUCGUCCGCAAGCGCCUUAACAUAGGUAGCUCAAGAAGACGGCGUUGUCGAGACUCCGAGAGCCAGGACAAGAAGAGGGAUACAGAAAAGCAAGAUCAAUGUUGUGCUAAAACUUCAAGCAGUGAUACGAUAUUAAAAUUCACACCGCGGACUCACCGACGUUUUGCAAAAAUUGUUCCAAAGCACAACAUUCACGCUGGCACCUUGAGCGAUCGGUCAACAAGACGACUUGGCAGCGAGACAGCUAGAGCAAGAGAGACACAGAGGAGAAACGAAGAGAGCGAAAGCAGGCGGCAGGUUCAGGGCCCACGCUCUGGAAACGAGGAAUAUCAGUGCAAGACCAAGUUUGGGAAGCAACGCCACCUACAUCGAACGACUUGCCCAUCUACAGCACGAGGAACGAAAGAGCCUCACACAGCAAAACGCAGUCAACCGCGACCACCACGAACAUCACUCAAGAAGACCGCGGCCCCAGCGACCUCCAAGGCCUCACUCAUACAAGACAAUGAGAAUAAAAACGAAUGUGAGCAUCAGAAUGAGAUCUUCUUCCUCAAGUCUCAAGUCUCAACGCAGAGCCUGCUCCUGACCCAUCUGCACUCGCUCGAGACUGCAAACUGGGUAAGGCACAACACCAAGACACCUACGCAACCUCUUGGCAACCAAGUCGCAAUGCAACAGCAGGAGACAGAUUUUCACGGGGAAGGAAGAAGGCCUACAGACGAUCACCUGGACCGACGCCGUGAAUGCGGGAGCCCAGCGCCUCAUGGCUGGGCCAAGCCUAGGUUUUCACAUGAACUGCAAUGCAACGAUCAACAAAAACAAAAUGAUAAGGUUCUGGAACAAGAAAUCUCUCCGAAUCGCAAGAAAAAGAUCCCAUCUCUCAGCCAAGCACACGUACGAGGUCGAGACGCGAGUACGGUUGGAACAACCCAAGGCAUCAACACCUGUCCAGGCAACAAUCAGUCUUUUGAACGGCAGAUACCUCUCUUCAGCCUCCUCGAUCGAACGAUAUCCGCAGCGGGACGACACGAAGCCCUUGGAGCUUUCGACCCGUGUAUCGAAACGAGAAGGCACUCAGCCGACCGGAGGAAAAUGCCCAGCGACGGACGAAGAAGGAGCCUCAAAUGA